ACGGAGUCGGCAAAAGAGUCAAAAGUGGCCUAGUUGCCAGGCAUAGCCUCCCACCUCCACUACUACUACCCAAUCUAACUGAAAGUCGGGCCUUACGGAUACUAAAAAAAUGACAUCAUAUAGGUUGAUUCUGUACUUCCCCAAACCGCAGUCAUCCGGUUAUAAAAUAUUAUGUUUCGCACAAGUUAUCUCCUCCUAAGUCCAUUACGAACAUGUAUAAGGAAUUAAUUCAGCCAAAUAGGCCAACACAAUUAGCUCCAGUCUUCAUUCAUUUGACAACGUCGCGAUCAGACAGCAGCAGUGGCCGCAGUGGUAGACUCGUCGGUCUCCAGAUCAGUCGCCGUGCGCAGCGCGGGUUCGAAUCCUGUCCUAAGGGAAAUUUUUCUCUUGACUAUGCAUGUUGUGAUUGUCCGUAGGUGGUAGACGGCCUCUGACUGUCGAACGCGGAGGUACCACCCGGCGGAUCUCGUCGGCGGGUCUACAAUGUGUACAUGAACAAAUCGCCAGGGCAGCGGUUAACUCGCGACAGGCUUAAGUCCUAUUUUCGUUGCGCUUGAAGCUGGAAAUGUUUCGCUUAUUGUAAGUAUUGAAGGAAAAUAUUCAGAGGAAUGCUUAGAACUACCGGGAUUAGAACGGUAUACAUAUAUUAACGUCAACAAAUUCAGAUAUACCCUCCCCUAAGAUUACUAUAAUAAUACUUAUCUGUGAUGCUAAAAAUAGUAUUUUGUAUACUUUAUUUUUGUUUAACAGCAGAAAGUAUAUCGUAUACUACUGUUGUUAACAGUAUAAAUAGAUUCUCUAUACAUGAUGCAUUUAAACGCCAUUCUUAAUCCUUUUUUUCAAUAUCGGUAGACCCGCAUGUUAUGUCAUACUUCCUACUAUUCUACAUUAAUCUAUUUCCCACUAUAUGCGAACGUUCACAUAUCGACCCGGUUCUUAUUCUGCACUUCCAUAAGGGGGAAAGUUUGCAGUUAAUGAAGUGAAACAAGCGGUUCUACCAUUGGACGAUGGCGAGUACCGACAAAAGAGAGUGGGAAUAUUGAAAUUUCCAGAGAAAAAAGUGAGAAUUCUGCGAAAUUUAUUGUUUGAGAUCGACGUGUGAGGUUGCACCAAAAGUGGGUACGGCGAAGAUGGGAUACUACUUGGGCAUCGUAGUCGUACUGGGUUUGGUACUGCUCGUGGAAAGUGGUGAAGCUAAGCAAAAUAUUACCAGUAACAAAUGUGAUAUCCCUCCUUCGGCACCUAAAAGAAUAGAAGAGGCUAUCAACUCGUGUCAAGAUGAAAUAAAAAUUGCUAUUUUGUCAGAAGCUCUUAGUGCCCUCAAUGCUAAUGACCACCAUCCAAAGAACCGUGCAAAAAGGGCAACUUUCUCCAAUGACGAAAAACGUAUAGCAGGCUGUCUUCUACAGUGCGUAUACAGGAAAAUGAAAGCAGUAAGUAGCCUACUUAAUAAGAACAAUGCUUUUAGUUCGGCUAUUAUCUAACACCGAUAUACCAAUAAGCAUAAUAUCUCACUUAAGGAAGCUGAAUAUCUCGUAUUGUUAGAUAACGGUGUACUUUCUUUAUAAUUGAAAUGUUUCAAAACACUUCAAACUCAGCUAAAGGGGAAAUUAGUGCCGUUUUAUUAUGAUACCGAGCUCUUUCAACAUACAUAUUUCAGUAUUAGAGAGUCAAAACGAUACAGAAUUCUUCGCAGUCUUUAUUAAUGACUGUUUGAGUUGGCCGAGCCACUGUGAGCAACUAUGCAAAUCAUCAUGCUCGUAUGUAGAUGUUUUUAGGAAUUUAAGAAUUGUUUUAAGCUGUCCUGACAUAUACUAUGUCUAUACCUCGUUAUGGCAUUUGCUUGUAGGGUAGGUCAUCACAGGAAAAGGAAGUGUUUAUGUCUCAAAUAAGUUUGUAAAAACUUAUUAAAUAUUUACAACCACCACUCCAGUAGAGAGCUGUUUAAACAUUUCGGAAUUAUACUUAUUUGUAAUUAUAAAUGCAGCCAUAUCACAUCAAAUUACUUAGAAUUAAAUUUUUUGAGUAAUCAUCCAGAUAAGGCAAAGUCACAAAUACAUGAAACCUUUCAAACAAAAUUUGAAAUUUGUGUGAUCGAUCAGUAUUUAUAUAGUAUUGAAGAGAUCUCCUCUUGCUAAGAUUUUCAAUGAUUUAAUUGAAUAGAUUUGUUAUAUUGUCGACUGGCUUGUUUUGCUGUUAUUUUGUUACUAGUUUCAAGUUUUUAUUGAUCACUCCAAUAUGGCUUAUAAUAAUAAUAAUAAAUAUUAAUAUCUUGAACUUGAUGAUUCGAUUUUAAUAGGUAGAUGAAGAUGGAUUCCCAACCAUUGAAGGUUUGGUGAAGGUCUACACUGAAGGAAUAUCACAAAAGGAUUACGUCUUAGCUACUGUACAAGCGGUAGACAAGUGCUUGACAGCUGCCAGGAAAGCUCAUUUGAGUUCUCCAGAUUCUCAAGAAGGUAAGGCAUCAUUUUCAAAACGUCAAACUUUUAGUUUUCAUUUAGACUUAAAAAGAAUAAAUGACGAUGGAGAUCUCCCAAACAUGAAAUGUCAUUAAUUCACUUGGAAUGGUGCCGACACUUCUCAUGAAUGAAAAAAGUUACACAACUGUAAUUGUCUGUCUUUACAGACAUGAUGUCCUACUUUGGUGAUAUUCGCACUUUUACUUGAAAGCGAUUAUACAGGGUGUUUCAGUUUAUUGUUCCAUAACUUUAAGAUUCGAUAGAACUUUUAAAAUUAAUGCAUAAAGUCUAUAUAAACAUGUGUCGAAAAAUGCGU